GGAGGUUGAGGGGGCGGUAAAAGUCGUCUUGCUGUGCGGAAGUGCAUCGUCACCAACAGGGAGUUGAGAGGUUGAGGCGGAUGGGAGCGUGGCUCACAGGUCGAGAAUUUGAAGACGGGACGGAAGAAAGAAUGCCAUUGUCUGCCAGAAGGUGAAUGAGGUAGGUGAUGCAUUGGUAUUGUUCUUUGUUGGAUGGUUCAUUUCAAAGGAUGAAGGAACAAUGACUGUUUGUUUGGGUGUUCUAUUUCAGGAACGGGUAACGGGAUGAAUGUCGAACAAUGAAGGAUAUGCUCCGUGUCGGUAGGUAUACUUUGCCGUUCUGGUUGAACGUGGUCGAAGUCAAAAGGAAUGAUUCCUCUUCCGGUUUCUUUCCUGCAUUCAUGGUUUUGAACGGCAUAUUGUUUUCUGUAAUAGAAGAGCAGUCCUGAAAGCCGAGAAGUUCACCGACAAGAUGUCCCGCCGAUACCCCGACAAGAAGUACUACGACGACGACCGCGGUCAACCACCAAGACCGCCGCGUUCACAGAGAGACCAAAGGAACGACGACAACCGUAGGGAACGUGAUUACCCACCAUCGAGAUAUCCUUCAAAUUCGAGCUAUAAUAGCUCAUCUUCGAGAAAUCCCCCGGACCGACGCAACCCUCCGCCGAGAUCAGACUAUGGCGGAUCGAGAAAUAACCGUCGAAGAUCCAGGUCACCACCACCCUACCCACGAAGAAACAACCAAAUCAUCAAUAACCACCAACCAGGCGGCUUAAGGUCUGGUCGGUUAUCACCACCACCGAGAGAAAGACAAGGUGAAAAUAACAACUCCAGAUCUGGCAGGGCGUCUCCAGCUCCAAGUACGAGCAGCGGAAGCCGGACUCCUGCACCAGCAAGGACAGCACAACCAUCUCGAGCGCCUUCUAGAGCGCCUUCUCGAGCUCCUUCUAGGGCUCCUUCUAGGGCUCCGUCACCAGUUCGAGCUCCAGCUCCAGCUCCUCGUCCAGCGCCAGCUCCUCGUCCAGCUCCAGCUCCAGCCCCUCGUCCAGCGCAGUCUACGAAGCCCAAGGGCUUUCCAGCCCCCAAAACCAAGAAUACCAGGAACACAUUUCACUUCCUUGAACUUUCCCUCGUCGCAGAUGCCAUCAUCCACGACUCGCACAUCCUCCAGGAUCUGGGGAAAUGCAUAGAUGAAUGUGAAAUGGAGGAUCCAAACACGCCUUGGGAGGAACAGGAAAAGGGAAAGGAGUUUCUCAAGUGGUUCGGGGAGUAUAGGAGUUCCGUGACGACGCUUAGACCGGUUGUUCCGCGGGCGAAUUUUGGGAAUCAGAUGCGAGAUCACGGCCUGCUGGCGAUGAAAGAUAUGAUCAAGAAGAAAUUAACGAGGGGGAAGUUGUUUACCGAGUUGUAUCCGUUGCCAGAAAAGGAUGCCGACAAAGAUGCUGACGCAAAAAAAGACGGCGAAACCAAAGACAAACCCCAAGAACCCCCCAAACCAACCAUCGACGUCUCGACCGACGUAAUCUGCCUCCUCCGCCCUCCCCCCUCCAAACGCUCCCAAUACAUAACCUUCGCCCCCUACCACCUCCCCUCUCCCUCCAACAUAUUAAUCACCACCUCCUCCGCCCUCACCAACCUAGCGGGUUCCCACCCGCUCACCCUCUCCUCUACCCUCCCCGUCCUCCAGGGCCUCAAACGCAUCGCCUUCCUCUGGGAUUCCGCUGCACCCGCCAACGGCCCCGGUCCACUCCCCGCCGAUUUGGCCUUUCUUUACCCGGGUAACUUACCCAGUCUGGAAACGAUCUAUAUCCUGCAUCCGGAGAUCAGACCUAGGAGUGAGUGGUUCUGGGUGAGUCCUGAGUGCGAUACGUUUCGGGGAGGGGAGGAGCAAGGGAGUGAGGCGCUGUUUGUGGAGGUUAGGGAGGGGGAUGUCGAAAGAGAGAAGGGGAGUAUGUGGGAGGUUUUGGGGGAGGAGAAUGGUGGGGGGGAUGGGAAGAGGGAUGUGUGGGGGAGGGGAGGGGAGGUGAAGGUUAGUGAGGGGGUGAGGGAUGCGUUGAGGGAGGUUAAGGUUUUGGAGGGGUUGUAUGCUGAGGCGCCUGAGGGGGCGAAGGGGAAGGGGAGGGUGAAAGUGAAGUUGAUGGGUUGUAUUCCGAUUAAGACUUGA